UACUAAACUCAUACCGUCAUUGUUGUAGUUACAAGAAGAUGCAAGCGACACAUUGCGUAAUUUUUAUCAUAAUCGCAAGUCCAAGAAAAUAGCAUAUACGCAGUCAUUGCGUACAAAGCGAGCCUAUGCGAUGCUGGCGUCAAGCGAAGGGGCGCAAAUGAUUGAUCGAAAUGUUCCAACCAACUUAGUGAUGUGCAUUGGAAACGCUGGAACCGGUGUGGGCUCUCGCAUCAGAGGCCAUGUACGAAGAGGGGGGAAGAAGAUGCUGACAGAACACUCAAGAAACACGACAGUCGCUAUAACAAAUGAAUUUUGCUCAUCGAAGACUUGUGUAUUCUGUUUCCAACAAACAGAGCUAGCGAAACGAAGGUUACCAGGUGGAAAAACGAAGCAAGUCUCUGGUGCAGUCCGAUGCAUCAAUCCAAACUGCCCUGCCGUGCCAGAGGGUACGCAACACGGAAUCGUAAUCAGCAAGCUGCUUUCGCCAUUGGUUUGGCAGGUGCGGUCAGACUGCUUUCACAAGAUAACGUCACUUUGCCGCAAUUCGAUCCACGGCCCCAAAGCAAUGACAAUGUGUUAUUCAAAAUGAAUACGAUACAAACACUAUUGAGGCUAUCCGAAGCGAUACGCCUAUGGUUCCACCCAGCUUGAGUGGAUUAACAGUGGGCCAAAGCGUCCAAGACUAGUUAACGUUUAAAAGCUUAUUCUUAUUAAACCUCGACAGAAGACUUGAUCAUCUUCCGCGGUUGUCUUUUUAUCAUACCCACUUAAAAAAUAUUUUCCUGUAUCCGUUAUUUUUUGUGACAGAAACAUGCAGCGUUAUUUUUUUUAUUCAGAAG